CCCGUGCUAGCUACUACUUCCGGGGUAAACAGGAAAUAAACAGCUGUUUGGCUAAAGGGUUCUCUUAAUACAUCCAUGAGCGAAAUGCAGAUUUUAGCGAUGAGAUAAGGCACUAUUUGCUGCUUGAAAUUCUCUUCUAAAGCACAUAUCCACUGAGAAACAUGACCGAGCCACGCAGCCCAGGAAUGUCCUCUAUCCAGACAGCCCCAGUGCACGCUGACUCCACCCCUCCGGCUGUCGAGAUGGACCCAGUGGAGUACACCCUGAGGAAGCGCCUCCCCCGGAAACUCCCAAAGAGACGGAAUGACGUCUACGUCAACAUGAAGACUGACUUCCGGGCUCAGCUGGCACGCUGUCAGAAGCUGCUGGAAGGUGGGGGUCACAGGGAGAUCUGCGUUCACGGCCUGGGCCUGGCCAUCAACAGGGCCAUCAACAUCGCCCUUCAGCUGCAGGCCAGCAGCCAGGGGGCGCUGCAGCUGGCAGCCAACACCUCCACGGUGGAGCUCGUGGACGACCUGGAACCUGAAGAUCCCGAUGAGGCCGGGGAGCCCAUGACGCGUACACGCAACAACUCAGCCAUUCAUAUUAAGGUGUUCUACCCUGACCCGCAGGGACCGUAAUAGAGAUGUGUCGGGCAGAGGUUGACCAUGAGACCAAUAAAACAUUGUUGUCUUGGGGUGGGGGGGCAGCAGAAGGCUGCAGAAUGCGGCAUGCUACUGUGUUGGAGUACUCCAAUUGGAACAACUUUAGUUGACUAAUAUAUUAAGCUCUUUUGUCAUGUGUUAAGUCUGUUGCAAAUUGUGGCUGUUUUUCCUUUUUCACUUUGCAUGUCUUGAAGCAACAGUGGUGUAAACCUCAGUAUUAUUUAAUAGCUACUUCAGGGCUGUGCCAAAUGUAAA